UUGAAAUCUAAUAUGGCAAUCGAACGGAGCAAUAAACGCAUUCUCUGCUAUCUGCUUGCAAUCGUCGUGAUGAUUUGUGUGCUGGCCAACAUCAAAUUAAUACAUUCUUGGACCAGCUUUGACUGGUCACAGGCUACCAGCAACGAUGAGAAACCCUUCAUCACUUUAUUGUAUUGGUGUCAUAUCGUGUCAGUGCUUAUCUUCUUGAUUCUUAUCGUCAAGAACAUCAUUUACAUUUACGCCAUCAUACAGAAUCGUCCAAGACUCAUGAUUCUCGUGCUGGUGUGUCUGGUUUUUGCCAUGAUCGCCGAGUCAAUUAUGGCAUUGGCAAGCUUCAUCAUCCGCCCCUGGUCCUCACUGGAGUGGGCCUUUGUAGCCGCUGCGGCCGGACAAGCGUUUCUUUGUUGGCUGGUUCACGACCGCAUGAAAGAGAUGAUGGAAGCGACUGCAGCGGACGGUCGAAUGCUACUGGUUGAAGAAAAGGCUCCAAUUAGCGAAGAAAAUCCAGUAACAAAUAAAUAAUGAAUCCCGAAAAAAUUUUAUCCUCAGAGAUAUAUCUUAUAGCCUGGAAAAACUGGGGGAACAAUUGAGUACUGUAACAAACCAGUUUUCCCUUGCCUAUCCUAACUACGCCACAUAAUCUCUAGUUAUAAGACAUUUGUACGUAUCAUUUAUACUUGUAAUCACUUUUGAACUCCAUCUAUGCAAAGGAAUGGUAGAUUUUUUGAAGUUUAACAUCUUUGAAAUGGAUUUUACUACUAAACACAAUUUCGAGGUCAGGAUUAGAGCACGCGUUUACGUUGGUUAUU